AAAUGUGCUUUUGCGCCAUCGAUCAAAUUCAGUUUGUUAUUUAUUUAUUAUUUGUAGUUGCCAUAGACAAAAUGUCCUACGAAAAUUGGUUGAAUUACCUGCAAUCAGCUGAGAAGAAUUCAAUGAUUAGCGGCAAAUUGCGUAAAGUGCUCUACAAAUUCCCGGAUGGCCGGCAAAUGGCCGAGGAGUACAAUAUGGAUACGGGCGUUGUGCAAAGACGUGCCUGGCGCAAAUGCAAGCAACUAAUGGGCGAGCCCGAAUGGGAGAUAGAGCUUGGUGAGGAGCCACGCCAACUCAAUUUUGCUGCCGGCAAUAAGCCAAGCUCGGCUGGCGGCGGCGAUGCAGACACCAUGGCUGCCGGCGAGUUUACACUGCGCGAAAGCAAUACGGCCCCAUUGCUGACCAAGCGGGUGACCAAGAAGAACAUCGAAUGGCGCAUACGUAAUCUACCAUAUCCGAUAGAUGUCUACAAUGUCCGUGCAGAUGCUGAACAACGCGCGAUCGUCGUGCGCACUAACAACAAGAAGUACUACAAAGUUAUUCCCAUUCCUGAACUGGAUCGUUGCAGCAUACCGCCGGUCCAAGCGAAUAUCAGCACACAUCAUCAGUUCAACACGCUCAUCAUUACCUACCAGAAGCCGGCCAUUCUGUGCGAAAUGGAGGCGCAGGUACUUCUAUUGCUAAAGAACGUGGAAACGGAGACGGACAUGGACGAUCUGCUAAAGGGUUUGCUGGCCAAAUAAAACGCAUAGCAUGUUA